ACCUCGUUACACCUAACCAUACCCACCUUUUUGGUUUUCACUUGCUUCACUCUUUCCUUUGCCGGCAGCCGGCGAUCACCGUUUCCCGGCGGUGCCUUUAUUCGUCUGGUCAUCGAGGGAGUAGCCGGAGUAGGUAUUUAUUGUUCUUUUGAUAUAUAUAUAUUAUCUAUAUAUAUGACGUCUGGGUCGAGAUUACCGACUUGGAAGGAGAGAGAGAAUAACAAGCGGAGAGAGAGACGGCGACGAGCUAUCGCCGCCAAGAUAUUCGCCGGACUUAGAGUCUACGGAAACUACAAGCUGCCUAAGCACUGCGACAACAACGAAGUAUUGAAAGCCCUUUGUAACGAAGCUGGUUGGAUAGUGGAAGAAGAUGGAACUACUUAUCGUAAGGGAUGUAAACCUGUUGAAGUAGUACGUAUGGAGAGUAUGGGUGGAUCGGCAACAGGCAGUCCAUGUUCAUCAACAUACCAACCAAGUCCAAAUGGUUCCUACAAUUUCAGCCCUACUUCCUCAUCUAUUCCAAGCUCCUCCACCUCAUCCCUUUAUGCAUCUAAUAUUAUUCCAGAUCCAAAUUCUCUUAUCCCUUGGCUAAAGAAUCUAUCUUCAUCUGGUUCUUCGUCGUCCAAAUUCCCACACCAUCUAUAUAUGGGUGGUAGCUCUAUAAGCGCUCCGGUGACCCCUCCCCUAAGUUCACCCACUUGUGGGACUCCUAGAUUAAUGGAUGAUCAAAUUAGCAAAGGCCAGCACUAUCCCUUUUUACCAACUUCUUAUUGUUGUUCUACUCCACAUAGUCCUGGUCUCCAAACUCCGGCGGCUGAUUCAGGAUGGGUAACACCUCAAGAAGGAGCAUCAUCUCCUACAUUCAGCCUACAGGUUGCAUCCUUGGGAUUGAAACCAUGUUCUCCUGCUGAUCAGAAGCAAACAGCAGACGUGGCAAUGUCGGAUGCUUGUCAUGAGUUUGCUUUUGGUGGUAGUAGUAGUAUGAAUAUGAAAGGUUUAGUGAAAGCAUGGGAAGGAGAAAGGAUUCAUGAGGAAUGCAUUUCAGACGAUCUUGAGCUUACCCUUGGGAAUCCCACCACCAGAUGAUGAAUUGAAGAGCAGUGAAGGAUGGAUAUAUGGAUUUUAGAUACACAAAUACAAAUAGUAUGUAUGUAUGAUUUUUAUUUUUUAAAGUGUUUCUAUUGAGAAAUUAAUUAAGGGAGAGUGUGGUUUCUUCUGCAAUUCUGCAGCUGGGUUGGCUUCCAUCAUAGGACUUUCUUUUCUAUUUGAUUGAUUAAUGCUUUAUGGU